AUGGAAACCAAGAUCGCCGAGAAGCCCUCCCAGCGGGACUUGCAUGUUGAGGAGCCAGACAGAGCGCAACUCUCGGGUGCUGGCCAUGGUAUAGUCGGGCAAGCUCACCUAUUCCAGGAGGACGGCAGCGGUAACGUGACGGCAAAACUCUUGCUGCCUCGUCCGUCUCACGACCCCAAUGAUCCCUUGACCUGGUCAACAGGACGGAAGCAUCUGGUCUUCUCCACCGUCCUCCUCUUCGUCCUCUUGUCCAACUACAUAACCGCCUCGCUCGCCCCUAUCCUGUUUCCUAUCGUCAAGCAUUUUGAUGUCGACCUCGCAAAGGGCAGUUAUCUGAUCACAUUCAACAUCCUCUUCCUAGGAAUUGGGAACUGUUUCUGGGUUCCUCUGAGCCUGAAGAUCGGCAAACGCCCUGUCUUGCUUCUUUGCUCUGGAAUCUUCUUUGCCUCCAGCAUCUGGUCAGCGGUCGCAAGAUCCUGGGGUUCGCUACUCGGUGCUCGCAUUGUUCAGGGGUUCGGUGCGAGUGCUUCGGAGGCUUUGGGUCCGGCUAUGGUUGCGGACUUGUACUUUUUGCACGAGCGGGGUACCAAGGUAGGGCUAUACACGUUUGCUAUAGGCGGUGGAAGUGCAUUAGGUGGCGUGUUCGCAGGGUUGGUCGCAAAUGCUAAUCCGAAUUGGCGAUGGGUGUUCGGAAUGAACGCCAUCUUGACUGGUUUUGCCUUCAUUUGCACGAUCCUCUUCUGUGCCGAGACCAACUUCAAACGGCCAGCCGAUAUUGACAACACGGAAGGCUUGCCGGCAGAUCAGCUGAAGGAAAUUUGCAACGGUGCAAAGCGGAGCUGGCAUUCGUCUCUGAAUGUCACGUCUUGGUAUGACCGUGAAACAUCGAUAUGGUGGCUUUGGUGGCGACCGUUCCUAACGCUCCAGUAUCCCGCUGUCAUCUGGGGCUCCUUGACGUACGGAGUUUGUCUUGGCUGGGUGGUCCUCCAACAGACUGCCAAUGCAGGAGUCUUCCCAAUGCAGUACCAUUUCAGCGAGCUUGCUGUUGGGAACAUCUAUGUCGCUAACCUGGUCUGUGCCGCAAUUGGCUGUCUCGCUGGGGGACCUCUGACGGAUUAUCUGAUCGACGCCCUGGCAAAGCGCAGGGGAGGACUAUUUAAGCCAGAAUACCGGUUGUGGCUUCUGAUUCCCCCCUUCCUGUUUGGGCCCAUUGGUCUCAUGCUUUGGGGCUGUGGUGUGGGAAACAACAUGCCUUCGAUGGUGCCAAUUGUCGGUACGGGUAUCACUUACGCUGUGCUGUGUGCCGUGCCCGCAAUAGGCGUAACAUACGUGGUAGACGCAUAUCGCCCGCUGGCCGGAGAAACCCUGACAAUCUUGACGGCAAGCAAGAACACUUUCGCGUUCGCACUGAGCUUCGCCGUGAUUCCCUGGGUAAACAAAGAUGGCUACAUCAAAGUUGCUGGAUACAACGUCCUUAUUGAAGGACUAGCUUUUCUGACGACCAUACCGAUGUAUAUCUAUGGAGAACGCAUUCGUGCAUGGACAAGCAGAUUCACAGUGUAA